AUGGGUAUCAGAUUGAUGGGAAUAGCUCAUGCUAAACAAAAGCUCCAGAGAACACUUUCCGCAAGAAUGGGAAUGGUUUCUGCUACUAGUAUUGAUGUACCAAAAGGCCACUUUGCAGUUUAUGUUGGAGAAACACACAAGAAGAGGUUUGUGAUUCCAAUAUCUUACUUGAACCACCCUUUAUUCCAAGACUUGCUAAACAGAGCUGAGGAAGAAUUUGGAUUUGAUCAUCCCAUGGGCGGUCUCACAAUUCCAUGCAGUGAAGAAUACUUCAUUACUUUAACUUCAGCUCUAAAUUGUUCAUAA